UGAGGCACAUGAGAACACAUACAAAGGAGAAGCCAUACAAUUGUGAAAUUUGUAACAAAGACUUUUCAAGCAAAUCUAAAGUAGCAAUUCAUAUGAGAAUACAUGCAACAGAGAAGCCAUACAAAUGUGAGAUUUGUAACAAGAACUUUUCGCAUAGAGCUAAUCUAGCGCGUCAUAGGAGAUUACACACAGAGGAGAAGCGAUACAGCUUAAUCCACAUGAGAGUGCACACAAAAGAGAAGCCAUACAGCUGCAACAUUUGCAAUAAAGCCUUCUCAUUAAAAGUAUUCAACUGUGAGAUUUGCAAUAAAGACUUCUCAGAAAAAUAUACUCUAGUAAUCCACAUGAGAAUACACACAAAAGAGAUGCCAUACAGUUGCGACAUUUGCAAUAAAGCCUUCUCAUCAAAAAGUAGUCAAGUAAACCACAUGAGAGUUCAUACACAGGAGAAACCAUAUAACUGUGGGAUUUGCAAUAAGGCCUUCUAUGAGAAAAGUCAUGUAGUAAGGCAUAUGAGAGUUCAUACAAGAGAGAAGCCAUACAGCUGUGAGUUUUGCAAUAAGGGUUUCUCACAGAAAGCUAGUCUAACUUUUUAUCCAUUUGCACGUAUGCCUGCUGUCACUGACCAGGGGGUGAUGAUGAGUUUUCUCGGCGACGGGAUGUCUUUGGCCCCACUCACGGGCAAGGAAAUAGUCGGCAUUGGAGUCAGCAUCAAAGAAGAGCUCAGCGAAGAUGUCACCGAAGAUACAUGCCUGGAAAUUAAAGAGGAGCUGCUUGAUUAUGGAGAUGAAACAAGAAAUGGUGUGUGUAAUGUGAAUGUGAUAUAUGAAAGUCAUUUCUUUCAUAAUCUUCAUGAUCUAAGACCUGAGGCACAUGCAAAAGACUCAUGUAACUUGGUUCAGGAUUGUAAUGACAUGUCAAAAUUGCAAUUUGGGGCUAAGGACUGUGGGAAGACGGAAAGUGGAAUCCACAAGGAAAUGUUUUGCAUCUAUGAAAUUUGCAACAAGGUCAUCUCGCAGAAACACAAUCUGGUGAAGAACAUGAGAGUGCAUACAAAGAAGAAGCUCUGCGAGAUAUGCAAUAAAGACUUCUCAGCUAAAUCUAGCCUAGUAAUCCACAUGAGAGGACACACAAAAGAGAAACCAUACAACUGUGAUAUUUGCAACAAAGCCUUCCUAUGGAAAAGUUAUCUGGUGAGAGUACACACAAAAGAAAGGCCACACAACUGUGAAAUUUGCAGCAAUACCUUUGCAUGGAAAAAUUAUUUGGUGAGGCACAUGAAAAUACAUACAAAGCCUUAUAACUGCAAGAUUUGCAACAGUGCAUUUUCACAAAAAAAUAAUCUGUUGAGACACAUGAGAACACAUACAAAGGAAAAGCCAUACAGCUGCGAGAUUUGCAAUAAGGCGUUUUCUGAAAGAGGUCACCUAGUAGCGCACAUUAGAGUACACACCAAGGAGAAGCCAUACAGUUGUGAAAUUUGUAAGAAGGACUUCACAGAAAAAUCUAGUCUAGCAAGGCAUGUGAGAGUACAUACAAAGGAGAAGCCAUACAAAUGUGAGAUUUGUAACAAGAACUUUUCGCUUAGAGCUAAUCUAGUGAGUCAUAUGAGAAUGCAUACAUAGGAGAAACCGUACAGCUGUGAGGUUUGUAACAAGGAUUUUUCACAGAAAAAUCGUCUGGGAAGUCACAUGAGAGUACAUACAAAAGAGAAGCCAUAUAGCUGUGAGAUUUGCA